UUGGAACAGUUAGCUCCGGAUCCCUACCUUCGGCUUGAUGUUCCCGUGAAAUUCGAGUUAUUGCAUCACUUUGUUGAUCAAUUUCGAUACUGGGUUUCACUCAGAAGUUUAAUUUCAUUGUAGCGAGAUAUUUUUUCGUUUUCUCUGCUCGAUGUCCCUGUAGGGUUCGGGUUUUUGGUAGUGAAAGCUUUCCAAUUCAAUUGGGCCCAGGAAGCCGUUGAUUUACUUCCGUGAUAUUCAUGCAGUAUAAAUGCAUUCGUGUUAUCCGUUUAAGGUUUCUUUAUAAACGAUGCCCCGUAAAGGAUUCUCCGAUUUCUAUGACUAUGAUGAUGGUUUUGAUGAUGAUGAUGCCUACGAUUAUGACUAUGAUGCUGAGGAGCAUGUCGAAGCUGUUACUGAACCCAAGGAGAAAACUUCUCAGCAAAGGGUUUGGCGAUGUGCGAUCUGUACAUACGAUAAUGACGAGAGCAUGUUUGCUUGUGAUAUUUGUGGUGUACUGAGGAAGCCCCAUGUUAGCAAUCAAACUACUAAUAAGACAACAGUUGAAGUCAUAUGCAAAGAGUCCACAGAAUCCAAAAUGAAAAAGUCUCUCUUUGAGCCAGUGCUGUCUCAUACUCCAAAAUGGGAUGCAGAACCUUUCAAGUUUGAUUCUCCAUCGCCUGAUGAUUUGGUCUCCAAUGGACUAAUGCCUUCGAAAAUGGGUACUAGAGGCGGUUCGAGCAUGAGGCUGAAGGAGCAAGUAGAUAGUGCAGAUGAGCAGAAAUCUUUGAAGAACAGAGGAGGUGGUGGUUCAAAAACAAGCUCCAAAGGUAGACACAUUAACAUUGAAGAUGACAAUUGCUCCAAGGAUGGUGCUGGUGACAUAAAAUCAAGCAAAGCUGUAACAAAAUCAAAACAAAAUAUUUCUGAGGCAAGUUCUUCAGCAAAAACAAUGGAGAUGUCAGAAAGCCUCACUGGUUCAAUGGACGAGUUGUCUUUGACUGGUAAAGCUGAAAAUUCUAGUAAUGUUAGACCUAGAAGAUCGAUAUCAGAUUCUAAGCACAAGCCAGAGGAGUGGAUGUUUCCUGACAAAGAAUCCGAUACAUUAAGACAACUUAAUCUUGCCAUUGUUGGGCAUGUAGAUUCAGGUAAGUCAACACUCUCUGGUAGAUUGCUGCAUCUGUUAGGAAGGAUAUCACAGAAGCAAAUGCACAAGUAUGAGAAAGAAGCAAAGCUACAGGGCAAAGGGUCCUUUGCAUAUGCUUGGGCACUGGAUGAGAGUGCUGAAGAGAGAGAAAGAGGAAUUACAAUGACAGUGGCUGUUGCUUAUUUUGAUACCAAUAAACACCAUGUUGUUCUGCUCGACUCUCCUGGGCAUAAAGAUUUUGUUCCAAACAUGAUAGCUGGAGCAACACAAGCAGAUGCUGCAAUUCUUGUCAUAGAUGCAUCUGGUGGAGCUUUUGAAGCUGGUUUUGAUAAUAUGAAAGGCCAGACAAGGGAGCACGCACGGGUUCUGAGAGGCUUUGGAGUCGACCAGGUUGUAGUGGCAGUCAACAAGAUGGAUGUUGUGGGAUAUUCCAAGGAUCGAUUUGAUUUGAUUAAACAGCAAGUUGGGACAUUUUUGCACUCGUGUCGGUUUAAAGCUUCGUCUCUAAUAUGGGUUCCAUUAAGCGCCAUGGAAAAUCAAAACCUGAUUGCAGCUCCAUCUGAUAGCCGUCUCUCCUCAUGGUAUCGAGGGCCGAGUUUAUUGGAUGCUAUUGAUUCUCUCAAGUCUCCUGAUAGAGACGUCACUAAGCCGCUGCUUAUGCCAAUAUGUGAUGUUGUAAGAUCGAGUCUACAAGGGCAGGUGUCUGCCUGUGGCAAACUGGAGGCUGGAGCCGUUCGGCCUGGUUCUAAGAUAUUAGUCAUGCCAUCGGGAGAUGUCGGGACAGCUCGGUCUCUUGAGCGCGAUUCUCGGGCUUGUACCGUCGCUAGAGCUGGAGAUAACGUAGCCAUAACUUUGCAAGGGAUCGAUGCAAAUCAAGUGAUUGCUGGGGGUGUUCUAUGCCAUCCCGAUUUCCCCGUACCAGUAGCAACUCGCUUAGAACUGACAAUACUUGUCUUGGAAGGCGCAAGCCCGAUUCUGAUCGGCUCCCAGUUGGAGUUUCAUGUACACCAUGCAAAGGAAGCAGCCACAGUAGUGAGACUUGUUUCAUUGCUUGAUCCUAAAACUGGGGAGGUGAUGAAGAAGUCACCUCGUUGUCUAACUGCGAAACAAAGCGCAGUUCUUGAGGUUUGCCUACAAGGAGCUGUUUGUGUGGAGACAUUCUCAGAGAGCCGAGCGCUUGGAAGAGUUUUCCUUAGGUCUUUGGGGAGAACUGUCGCUAUGGGCAAAGUUACUAGAAUUAUCCAUGAGUGACCUAAUUUACACCCACGUUUUGGGCGUUUGCGUUUGCGGCUGCGGUUAAGGCCGCUGGUUAUUGUUGCGGUUGUCAGACCAGAGAUUAGAUUUGAGUUAGUCCCAGUUUUGUUUUGUAAUGUUUUGUAAUACCAAACGUUUCUGGAAAAUUAAAUGAUUGCUCUAUUUAUUUUUUAUUAUUUUUUUGCUUUU